CUCGGCUGAGCUGGGCUCAGCCGAGCCCGUGUGAUCGCAGCCAGACCUGUGCAGACACCUCGGCGCUCGCUGGUGUCUCAGCGAGCCGGAGCGGGGUUUGGGCUGCAGGGAGUCCAUCGGCAGCGCGUCCCGGGGGCCUGGACCAUGUUCCUGGAGGUGCGGCCAGCAUCUUCCCUCUGUCCAGCACGCAGUGACGGGGAGUCCCGGAGGGGAAAUGCAUCCUGAAUGGGGCUGAGGCCCCCUGCUCGGGAAUAUGCAGCCUCGGCACCGCGGGGGCAGCACCAGGGCAGCGGCCGGCGCGCGGCGGGAUGGUGGCAACCUUCAAGAUCGCCGUGCUGGGAGCCCAGGGCGUGGGCAAGAGCGCCAUAGUCCGGCAGUUCCUGUACAACGAGUUCAGCGAGGUCUGCGUGCCCACCACGGCCCGCCGCGUCUACCUGCCCGCCGUGGUCAUGAACGGCCACGUCCACGACCUGCAGAUCAUGGACUUUCCCCCCAUCACCGCCUUCCCUGUCAACACCCUGCAGCUUCGAGUACAUCAAAACCAUCCGCCAGCAGAUCCUGGAAACAAGGGUCAUCGGCACCUCGGAGACGCCCAUCAUCAUCGUGGGCAACAAGCGGGACCUGCAGCGGGGCCGGGUGAUCCCGCGCUGGAACGUCUCCAACCUGGUGAAGAAGACGUGGAAGUGCGGCUACAUCGAGUGCUCGGCCAAGUACAACUGGCACAUCCUGCUGCUCUUCAGCGAGCUCCUCAAGAGCGUGGGCUGCGCCCGCUGCAAGCACGUCCACACCACCAUCCGCUUCCAGGGCGCCCUGCGCAGGAACCGCUGCACCAUCAUGUGAGCCCCCCCCGCCCCGAGGGACCCCCAUCCUCGGGGACCGCCGGGGUUCCGCUCCCCGGGAGCUGCGCUGGAGGCACCUUGGGGGUUGCAUCCCCUGUGGUGGCGUUUGGGGACGGGGCACCUGGGGCAGGGGGGUGGCCAGGCUGCCCGGGGGUAGUGAGGGGUGAGGGUUAAACCCCCGAGCUCUCUCCAAGCCCGCAGUGUUCAAGGCCAGAGCCGUCCCAGGGGGGUGUGCACGGCACUGGAGGUGCCUCGGAGCGCGCCCAGGUUUCGGUUCGUCCUUGCCGGUUCCCUGGCAGCACAGGGGCAGUGCUUGCUGCUGCCUGCCUGCCUCACCUGCUCCUGGAAGGGAAUUAUCCAGCGCCUCAGUCCCCGUGUUCUGGGGGUGGUUCUACCUCUGGGGCAUAGGGAAACAGGAGUCCUGCUUUUCCCCUCGUGGAGCUGGGAUUUCUCCCCGUGGAGGGCAGAGCAGCCAGGUUACAUGGGCUGUCUUUUGGCUCAGUCGGGUUGGACUUCCAGGUGGAAUUUCUCGAUGAAAGCAAGAAAGGAGGGGGGAAAAAAGUCCUCAUCCUGCUCCUGAUAUCCCCAGGAGCUGGAUUCUGCCUUUCCAGGGCUCUGAGCUCCCCUCUGCCCCAGCACAGCCCCGGAAGGCUUCUUCCCCCUCAGCCUGUGAACACCAAAUAAUCUGGGAACGCUCCUUGCCGGGCAGGUCACCCCCGUGCUACCUCUGGUGCUGGGCUCAGCGGGUGACCGGCUUUGCCCGGCUUCGCCCCAGCCCCGGGGUGCCCCGGGCAGGUGGGCAUCCCCUGUGCCCCCGCAGCCACCGGCAGCGCCACCAGCUCCGGCUCUGCCGCGUUUUCCCACUGGGAUUUCACCCCCACCCAGCCUCAGCAGCAACAGGGAGCUGGAGCAGCACUUCCAGUCUCAUUCUUGGUUUUUUUGUUUUUUUUUUUUUUUUUUCUUUUUCUCUCCGCAUAUCCCUAAUAGGAAAGCAAACCCCCCUUUAUUAUUAUUAUUAUUAAUAAUAAUAAUAAUUUUUAUUUUUAUAUUUUUAUUAUUUUAUUUUUAUUUUUAUUUUGUUGUUUUUGUUUUUGUUUUUGUUUUUAGUCUUCUGGUUUAUUUUUGCACCAGAGUUGCAGCUGGCCUGCACCCUGCCCUGCAGGGCGGGCUGGCGAAGGGCAGCCCCUGUUAGGAAGUGAUGAUGGGGUGGUGAAGGGCGAGCAAGAGGCCGAGGGGGUCGUGGUUUCUCCACGGCUGGUCCCUGUGAGACACAGGGAAGCGCCGUCCUCACCUCCUGGGGCAGGAUCCGUGUGUGUUCCAUCCUCCAGCCAAACCAUGCCCGUGAUUCCUGCUGUGACGAGGAGCUGGAGGGGUUCAGCGCUGCUCCGGGCAGCAAAGCAGGACACCCAGCCCUCUGUGCCACCACGGCCGGGCGCCCGCGGCCCGGCAGCUCCACUGUGCUCUCGGAGAUGCUUCCCGUCAAAGGCAGCUCCAGCUGAGCUCCAGUGCCUCUCACUGCCCCUGCACCACGGCUGGGGGUACAUCCUGCUCCUCCCUCCCCGCCCAGGGAAUCAAACCCUUGCUCCAAAAUCUAAAAAAAAAAAAAAAAAAAAAAAAUUGGGAAAAAAAAAUAUAUAGGAAAGGCAAUGGGAGGACACGGGUCCAUCUCAGCCGGGAAGGGCAGUGACACUUGUCACCAUCCCUGGCCUUCAUGGCAAACCCGGCUCUCCCAUCCAAGCUCAUCCUGUCAGGAUUUAUCAGCACCUGUAAGUCCACUUAUCGAUCCCUGGCUAGAGCUUUAUCCCUCCAAAUUGUCUGAGAAGGAAAUUCCCCGGUAAAUGCUAAUAAUAAAGCAUUUAUGAAGUGCUCCGACGUACACAUAUCAACGACUAAGCCAAUACAUUGUUUGUUAUAACCCUGUAGCCUGCAGUUUAUAGCACAAUUAGUUACAGGUUUUUAUAGCAUCUAUUUAGUAUUUUGAAGAAAAACAAACAAACAAACAAAAAAAAAAGAGGUUAUAAAUAUAAUUGUUGUAUUCUAUUGUACUUUAUAGACAGAGGAAGUUAUAUUAGUAAUAAUGACAACUCUCACUGCUUCGACAGAACUUCCCAGCUCCCAGGAAAACGAGGGCUACAAAGAGCAGCUUUCCCAAGAGCCCGGGAAGGGGUUGGUGGUGGUGGUGGUGGCACCCUGGGUGCAGGCAGGGAAUCCCAGGCAGGAAGAUCCCAGGUGUCCGGGCGCAGGGAUGGGAGCUCACGGGAGCACCCCGCGCCCCUACUCACACCUUACUACAGAUUUACCGCUCACCCAAGGCCGCGCUGGGCCUGCUGGGAGCAGCCUGGGCCUGGCACAGGGAUGUCCCCGCUGCCGUGCCCAGGGCGGUGCCAGGUUUCUGCCCGUGGAGGUGACGCCUGGGUUCCGUUCGGCCCCACCAAGGAUGCUUCCCUCUUCCUCUCCUCCUCCUCCUGCCCCAUGAGCGUCCCAGUUGCCUGGGCUUGGCUUUCCUUUUCCCCCCUGGACUCCUUGUUGGAGAUUCCCGAGGUGUUUACGCCGCCUGUGACGCCCUGCACCUCCUCCUUGGAAAUUGAAUUAAAAAUCAGGUCUGUGCCCCUUGUUCCGUACCA